AUGGCUACCGCUGCGAGUCUUGAUUCAGUCGAGUUUUUCCUCGGUGGGAAUAGGAAUCUCCGCGUAUACUACCAAUUCGGCGACGAUAAUACCCUUCGUGAGUCUUGCUUUGCGCAGGAUUAUGGCUGGUUCAUCCGAGGGAACGGGAUUAUUGCAAAGGAUGCCAAACGCAACUCCCCGGUUACUGCCACACGUUGGACUGACAAUCCGGGAACCACUCAGAUACGUGUCUACUAUGUGGAUGACGCACACGAUAUCCGCGAGGUUAGAUUUGACUCCAGCGAGCAAAACUGGUCCGUACAAGACAACCCCAUUACGUUAGACGCAAUUACGGGCACAAGGCUGUCCGCAGUGUCCGACAAAGCAAAACAGGCUGUGCGUCUCUAUUAUCAAGGAAACGACUACAGGCUUCGCGAAAUGUACUGCGACGAAAACUAUACGUGGGGACAUAACUCGACCAUAAUCAGACGAAAGCCCCCUCUCGUCCGAAAUGCUCCUAUUUCUGCCGUUAGCUGGAGAAACGACAACGGCGAACUGCAAAUCCGUGUCUUCUCUGUUCAUUCUGCCGAGAGAAAUGCGGUUUCGCAAUUUUCGUACAGAUUUCCUAACUGGCAAGGUCCCUUUGACCUGAAGGUGCCAUACAAACUGGAUUCGGGAAUCGCAACAUGCCGGAAUACUGGAACGAACACGACCGCCCAGAGCCCAAUUUCUGUUUUCUAUCAGAAUGGGCCGAGGAUCAUUGAUUUAGCGCCUAUUCCUGCGGACGAAACUCCCCUCGGCAAGCAGAUGGCUUCUGGUAUUCAAGGACCCGCGGGAAUACCGAUAUCAAGGGGCGGAGAAACAGAAAAAGAACAAGAAGCGCAAAUUCCGUUAGAAGCUCAAUCAGAUGCUCAACUAGACGUGCAGCCAGACGUGCAGCCAGAUGCACAUCAACCUGGUCAUGAUUCUCGUAACGAGGCCCAGGAAGCGAAUGCCGCCUGGUCCGAAUUUAACAUCAUUGACUAUGGUACUUAUAGUCUCUAUGUGGGCCCGCCCGAUCUUGCAAGGGUAUCUCCCGGUACCAUCUCAUUCUCACCAAGCGGCAAAUUACUGGCCAUUGGCGAUAGUGACUCGCCAUGCACUCGGAUCUGGGAUGUACAGCGGGCCACCGAACUUAAGUGCAGUACGUAUACUGGGAACACUGCUUUCGUUAGAAGUGUAACUUUUGCGCCAGACAGCGAAGACAAAGUUUGGGUGGGGAGAUGGCAGGGCGCCUUUUUCUGGGAAUGGCCGAGCAAAGAUAAUAUCGAAGACGCCCAACUCCGUGAUAAUUCAUCAUGGGCUGACAUAUUGACACCUUCGCCGGAUGGCAGAUAUUUGUUAGCCAACGAUGUGUUGUGGUACAUGUCUCCACCUACGCCAGCCAAGCUCGGAACAUUCCCUAGUGGUACAGCUCUCGCAUUUUCACAAGACAGCAGCCUCGUGGCUACAAUUUACAAAAACUCGGUCAAUAUCUUCGAUGCUGCGAGCUUAAAACUUCUGAAAACCCUCAAAGGUCAUUCGGGCGAGGUUACAACUGUUGAAUUCCUGGACAGACGGGAUAUGAUUGUUACUGGGUCUAGGGAUUAUACAAUAAGGCUUUGGGACUGGACAAAUGAAAAGUUGAAGGGAGUACAGUUCCACCAAGCUGAGGUUACUUGGGUCGCAGUUUCACGAAACGGCAAAUGGGUGGCCUCGGGAUCUCGUGAUGGAAUACUCAAGCUUUGGGACGGGGCGCUAGCAAGAGAGUGCGAUAGCACUCUGCUGGCAGCUGUGUGCUCUCGACAAGUCAAGAUAUGGAAGAUAGGCUCCUAG